AAAAAAAAAAUCAAUUUUUUAUAAAUACUUCAAUACUUCAAUACUACAAUACUUUAAACUUCAAAAUUUCAAAAUUUCAAAACUUCAAAACUUCAAAACUUCAAAACUUCAAAAACAUUUUUCGUCUUUUUCUUUAACAAUUUUAUAUCAUCUUAAAAAAAUGUCUGUCGUCGUCGUUGAACAACAAAACUUGGAACAAAACUUGGAACAAAAUAUCGUCGAAAAUAUCGAAAAUAUCGAAAAUAUGGAAUUUCAAAAUCCAAUAAAUCCAAUAAAUUCAUUCAUACCUAAUUCUCAAUUAUCAGAAUCUCCAUUAGAAGAACCUUAUUUAUUUGAAGGAGAAGAAUUUUAUUAUUAUUAUUAUAAUAAUCAAUUUACACCAGAAGAACAAGCAAUAUUGGGAAUUACUUAUGAUGGUGAUAAUCAAAUGUAUAAUAUAAAUGAACAAGUUAAUUCAAUAUUAACUUGGUCACCGGAAAUUGAACUACAAAAUCAUAUGAACGAGUUUCCUUAUUUAUAUAAUGGUAUCAUAGAAAAUGAUAACUUUGAUUCCUUUAAUCCUUUUAUGGUACAACCUUCCGUAUAUAAUGAAUCAACAACAUUAGGCGGUAAUUUAUUAUUAACACAACCACUCUCUGAAGUAACUCAAAAUGUAAUUGAAAAUCAACAAUUCCAAUCAUAUAAUUGGUGUGAUUUAUCAUCCUUUUCGGAUGCACACCAAUUUAUUAUUGAUAAUAAUAUUUCUACUAAAAUUGCUGAACAAAAUAAUAAUAAUAAUAUUAAUAAUAUUAAUAAUAAUAAUAAUAAUAAUAAUAAUAAUAAUAUAUCAUCUGAAAAUCAUUAUACUGCUUGGACCGAUUUUCAAUUAUUAGAAGCUUAAAACCUUAAAAUGGUUUAUAAAAAGAAAUGGACUUUUAUAUAUAUUUUAUUAAUUUUUUUCAUUAUUAUUUAGUCAUUUUAGAUAUUAUUUUGUCUAUCCACUACUAGCAUUGCAUUUUUUUUAUAUUAAAAUAAAAUUCAUUUUGUACAUUCUAAAAAUUUUUUUUUUUUUU